UUUUUUUUUUUAACCAGUCUCAUUGUAUUGUUUUCAUAUUCACUGCCAAUUUACACAUUUAAAAUGUUCAGUAGAAAGUCAUCCCAAGCAAACUCUCAACACUCAUCCCUUUUUUUAGAAGUUUUUUAACCAUACCAGUUAUUCCAUUUUGUUGAUGUCAGUGGUAGAACUGCCACUUUUAACUUUUAAUAUAUUUUACUAUUUGCAGAUAAUCCAGUUAAAAUAUGUAUCACAAAUAUUCCUGAAGAUUUGGGAAAAAAUAUCUCCAGUCCAUUUCCAAACAAAUCCUCUUCCCAAAUGGUGACACAUCUGACCUGUUCUAUAAUGACAAAUCUAAAUUUUUUAAAUAAAUAUAGAAUUCAGAUUUUUCUGAAAUCUUGUGUGUGUAUAUAUAGAAGUCCAUAUAUACACAUGUACAUUUAUACAGCAUUUUGACUUGUAUCGAAGUCAUUAUAAAAGUUGUUAAGAAUUUUGCCAUUUUCUGGCUUAAAUUUUUGUGGCCUGUUAUGGAUAACAGAAAAAAAAAAUUUACUUCUCUAAAAUUAUGGCUGAAUAGAAUUUCAACAGAGAAUCUCUGCUUGCCUAGUUGACAAAUGUUUCAAGUUGAAUUUGGAACUGUGUUGUUGUGCUUUUAUGACUCUGGUAUAGGGAAACAGGCAAAAUUAAUGGCUGAUCUUGAAAUAUAAAAGUGUUGUAAUGUAGUAAUGCAGAAUAUUUUGUCGCAGUUUUUGUUUUAAUUCUUAACUUGCUGUUUUUUCUCUUUAGUAGCAUAGAAAGAGUACUGCAUAGGAAUCUUCCAGUAGUGUAUUCACAUUUGUAGGCAUCAGUCUUCUCCCAGCUGCCACCACCAAAGGGUGGAUCAAGUCCAGCCAGAAAGUGUGUAUCUAUUUUCAGUUCAAAACUAGUGUGCAGUCAGAGAGUGAAUGUAAAUUUGCAACUACCAGGUUUUUGUUUUGGAUUUUUUUUUUUUAUUGGAAUGAUCUUUUCAGUUGUGUUACAUGGUGUGUUAUGUCCUCCUAAGCAACAAGUUAGAUGUUAAUCACACUUUCUACACCUGGGUACUUGGUUAGGGACUUUUUGCCCGUUGCCAAGAUUUAAAGACAGGACUCUUAGGAGUGAAGUAAAAGCAUAUUGCUUACACCACUUUUACCUAAUGCAAUAUAUUCUAUUCCCCAACCCCUAAUAACCAAAAGAGGAAAAAAAAAAAUAAAAAAACAACCAACCCUGUGAUGCAUAAGAGCAAACUAGAUUUGCUGUAAUUCAACAAUAACAUUAUUUUCCUUGUCAUUUUUGUACAAGGAAUUAAAAAAUAGAAAUCAAGUACAUUAAUAUCUCUCAAAACAAUAAUGAGGAUUCGUACAAGGUUUUAAGUGGUUAAACUGAAUAUACUUCACAGAAACAAAAGUUGCUCCCAUUUAAGGAGCUCAUGCUCCAGAUGUUUUAUCAGUAGCUCCUACUGUUUUUUUUUAAUUCUAGGAGCAAUAUGCAGGUGUAGUUUUACUAUUUUAUACAUAUGUGUAUUUAAAUUUUAUUACCGAAAGAUAACAUUUUUAUAAAUGUGUUUGUGUUCCAAAGGCAUUAGAAUAAGGAUGUAUUAAUAAGGAAAAUACCUUUUGAAAUUCUGCAAACUACUCCUAGAUUUUGGGGUUAGGAGCAUAUUAUCUCAGUGGGCUUUUAGCUCUGCUUCACAACUGCUUCCUCUGGUUUCUGUGAAACAGAUUGCUCACUUACUUACAUCUUUAGUUGAAUGAUUUGUUCAAUAUUGCUUUUUUUCCCUUCACCUUUCUAAAGGAAAGAAAAAAACAGAUGAACAGAGCACAAAGUGAAUGCAACCGAAUGUAACUUUAGUCUAAAUGAGCAACUAUAAUGCAUCUAGAAAAAACUCGGGUUUAUUCUCAAUCUUUUUAAUCAAUCUGAGAUGAAGAUAAAUGGACUUAAUUCCUCCAGUGGGUUAUGUCCCAUGUGGAGCCAAGCAUCUGCAACUCUCCCUGCUGCAGAGGAAAGCUGCAAGUGCUUGUCAUCCUGCAGCUGGCCCAGCAGUGUGACCAGGCAGCACUGCCCAUCCUGGGUAGCCCCUGGCUCACAAAUUUCCAAUCUGUAGCCACUGUUUGUCUCAGUUGCCAAAAGACUUCAUUAGAAAACAAAACCCAACAGACACUUUGCCAACACCUGUUUCUUAGUGUGUAGCCAGAACCCUUAUUACUACUUCAUUUGUGCCUUAGCUUCCUGAAAAGGGAUUGACAUUUCCCUUUGGAGUUAGAUGUACAUUUCACUUGAGAAAUAGGGACCUCAGACAAGAUAUUGAACCUCAUUCAGUCAGGGUUUCAGUGGGUGGAUGCACCCGGCAUGUUUGCGGCUGAACUAGGAUGUAGGGUAAUGUGGAAGCAGACUGACCCUGUAAGCAAUACCACCGCCACCGGAGUGCUUUUGAGCAUCACUUAGGCAGAGUCAAUAUUGGCCACUACUAAACCAUCAGUUUUUAAACUCCGUUUUUUUGAUUUCAGAUGGAUUCUUGGUGGGAGGGGGGAGGGCUGGCUGAUCAUGCACCACUCUUUGUGCAACUUCUAAACUUCUAGUAAGGUUGGUUUUGGUUUUGGGUUUUUUUUGGUUUUUUUUUUGUUUUGUUUUGUUUUUUUUUUAAAUAUAUAUAUUUUUGUGUACUUGUUGCUUGUGCUUUAUUUAGUAGUAAAUUGUGGAAUAGAGUGAUUUAUUGUUAAUUUGGCAGUAGCGGUUUUUAAAAACCAUAUACUGACUGAAACAUGAGCCAGAGCUGAUUGCUUUAUUAAGCUAAUAAUGAAUGUUAAGAGUACAUAUUUUCAGGAUCAUUUGCCUAGUGAGCUAAACUUGUAUUAUAGGCCAAUAUUUUUUAAAAUAAAGCUUGGUCAACCUCUAUGUUACACAUAUUACAAGAUAUAGCACUUUCAAAAAGAAAACCUAAACCUUUUAAGAAAAUUUCUUACAGGUUAUGCUUUUUAUUAUAAAACCUUUUAUUAUAAUUUGUUUCAAGUGCCAUUAGAUUACAUAUAUGUAGGCCUUUGGUAUAAUGCUUUGUGUACAAAAUGGUAGACAUUGUAAUUUUAAACAGGUACAUUUUUACAGUGUUUUCUUAUCAAUUUGCUAUAUUGCACAGAACCAGUGUGUCUUUCUUAAGGGUUUUACAAUGGUUUUUACUAGGUUUACAUGUUUCAAACUACACUGUCUUCUACUGCCAUUUUGAAUACCAGUCAAAAACAAAUAGGAGUUUGUCCUCUCCGUUUGCAAACUGUGUCCUCUGGAGUUCUGGAUGGUAAACUAUGUCAAAAAUGUUUAACAUGCAGUAUUUGAUACAGAUUUUUUUUAUCAUAUCCUAUCAUUGCUAUGCUGCUGUCUGAAGUUAACUUAGGGCCUGAUCCUGCAUCCGUAAACGUCAAGGGCAGCAGGAUUGCAUCCUUUGUUAUGUCUGUCUCAUACACUGGUUUAGCAGCUUCUCCUGUAUUCUUCUCAGUCUAUAGAUAAGCCUCUGAAAUAUAUGUACUUCUCUGGUAUGUAGUAAACUGUAUAGGCUUAGCUGCCCAUCCUGCAUCCUCCCAGUGUACAGUUAAAACCACAGCUUACUUAGCAUCAUGCUCAACUUACAAGUAAUGCCACAGUAGUUCAAAAUGUGUUUGGGUAGUCCCAAAGCUUUUAUGCAAUAAGGGUGUCUUACUUUUGUUGGAAGGCAGUGUCUUUUGAUAACAGUUAUCUAGCCCUGGAAGUGACACAGAACUAUUGCUAAUCAUAUGUAAACACUUUUCAGUAUAAGCUUCAGUGGUACAGUUGAACCAGAGUGAAUGUUUAUCUCCUCAGAAACACUCCUGCAAUAUUGUUAUAUUGGAUCAUGCUGCUAAUGUAACUUGGGAUACAACUCCUCUCAUGGUGCUACAAACCUCCCUGUCUCAUUCAGAUGUAUUUUUACCCAUAGAAAAAGAGGACUAUACUAGACCUAUAGUUGUAUGAUAUAUUUUUAUACUGUGACUUAAUUUGUCAUUAAUGAACUUUGUGCAACACCACAAUGUAUUCAUAUGCACUUGCAAAAGUAAAAUUUUGGACAUGCAAAUUUAAACGCUGACAAGCCUAGCUCUUGUUCACAAAAAUAGGUGACUGCUAGUUAAUGUUAAAUGCGGGCUUUUUAUAUGGUGUGGAGUGAAGAACAUGCUAUAUAUUAUUAAAAGCCUUUGGAUUUAGACAAAAACUGGGAAAAGUAUAUUGGGGAAUGAUGACACACCCUAACCUGAGUCGGAUUGCUGAAAUUAUAUUUUUAGCUAGUGGAAAAAUUGUUUGGACUUGUUUGCUAAAAUGUUUUUAAUGAUAAAAAUUUUGAGUCAAAAAAUAGAGAAAAAAAAAAAAGAACACAGAAAACCCUGCAUUCCAGACUGAAUUUGUAUAUGUUUCUUGCAUUUAAAAUUUGCUAUCCUGUGAUAUGGGAAAUUGAGUUGCUUAUCAUGUAUAUGUACUUUAAAAUGUAUUCACAAACUACUGUUGUAUUUGUAUAAAAUAUAGACAAAAAGAUUGCAUAUAUAUUUUUGUGUAUAAGCUCUGUAAAAUAGCAAUCACAUUAUGAAGCUGCAGCAGAACUUCAUUUUAAACAUUCACAUCCAAAGAAACAGACUAUUUAUUGUCCACAUACCCUGAUUAUAAAAUAUACCUUGCUGCUAUUAAACAAUAGUGCUGCAGCUUCUUGUGGCCUACAGUGUUAUGUUUGCUGUACAAAAAUAUGUGAACUCCACAAAAUAUAUCAAUAAAAUUACAGAAUGGUUUUAGUUAAUGAAUAACUUAUGCCUGGCAUUUCAAUAGUUAAUCUUGAUCUGCGUGUUUGGGAUUACAGUAAGUAAUUACAGAAUACAUCCAGUUUUGCUGGGUGUAGUUAUUCUGAGUUUGCAAAAGCAUAACUGUCUUUCCAAUUUAUGACUGGUAAAAUGUCAGUUUUUCAGAAAAUAUUAAAGCACAAAUAUCCAUGUUUCAUGAUUUCACCAAGGAACAAAUGGGAUGAUGCUACUGUGUCUGUGACAAGACAGAUCUGAACUGAAGGAAGCAAUUGAACUUGCCAUCAAAUUGCACUUUGAAAUGCUGUGAGACACUGGAAGAUAAGCAUGCCCUAGGAUAAAGACUGUUUUUUGACAGAGAAAUCCAAAACUGUGAUGCAGAGCUACUGCUGAACUAGCAAGAACUAAGCAGCUACAUGCUGUUGGCCUCCCCGCUUUGCAAAUCAAAACAUUGUAUUAAAUCGGAUAGAAAGUAAGUUUUACGAAGUGGCAGCUGCCGUAGUUGGCACAACAAGGGUUGGUGAUCACAAACAGGCAGCAAGUAGCACAGCAAGAUGAGCUCUAUUGCAAAAUUUACUCUGAACUUAAUAGUUUGAGAAAUGUAUUGAAAGAUUAACUGCUGCAUGAGGUUUCAAGUUCCUGCUUAUGUGCUAUAUCCCAGGUAAUUCAGUAUAAACUUUCUCUACUCCUAAUAAAGGUGCAACAUCUUGCCUGGUAUUUUUAUCUUUAUAUAAUUCUGUUUAUUUGUUGUAAUGACCUGUGUGUCCUUAGGAAAUUAACAUAUUCAGAGGAGUAAGUAUUUGUAAAAAAUACAGUGAGCGGUUCUUCAGUGUCAUCAUUGCACAACCUUGUCUUGUUCGGAUAUACUUGUAUCAUAAAACCUUCAGCUAUAAAGCUAGUUUGCCUCAGAUAGAGCUGAAGAGACAUCAGCUAUUGGCUGAGCAGUCUGAAAACAGAACUAUGGUAAUGCAGUCUAUGGCUGAGCUGGAAAUCAUUUGAAUUGAUCCCUUGAUAGUUUACCCGUGGGACUGAUUCUUACUGUUGCACCGAAGUGCAAUGUAAAAAGAAGAAUGACUUAGUGUAAUUUUCAUAUAAAUCAGUCAGAUCUCUGCCUGAUGUGUGUUAAGUAACGCAGAGAACCCGAAUAGUCAUAGCCUCUCAAAAUCAGUAUGCUGCUUCAACUUUUGCAUACGUAUGUGUGUGUGUAUAUAUAUAUCUACUACAUUUGUGUGUACAUGUAGAUAUGUAUGUAUGUAUGCAUGGGAAAGUAUCAAUGUAAGGUGAAAAACUUGAUAAAUUAUUUUGUUUUGGUUUACUUCAAAAUGUUUAAAGUGUUUGUGUUUUACAAGUCCGAAGUGAAUCCUGCUGUUUGUUAAAGUAUCCCCUAGUUAACACAGUGUGUGGUUUCCCAUGCAAGCUGGAAGAGUUUCUUCCAAAUACUUGAUUAAUCUAUGAGAGACAGCAAUUUAUCUAAGGGGUGCACAGACUCCCGCGAGGAAGGUGUUUGUCAGCUGUCCUUGUGUAGUACUAGAUACAAUUUCAGCAGAAAAGUUCUGUAGGCUGUGCCUCUGAAAUUAAACUCAACUGGCUUACUGGCUUUUGUAUUAAACUGUUUCACACAUGGUCAUGGGUAAAUCCUUAAGUUCCCUCACAAGUACUUACACUGAAAAUAAAAAUAAAAUACAGGCUCUGUAUGAUUAAGGGGCAUGCCAUAAGUGAGCAAUGUCUGAGAUGUAACAUAGGAAUAUCAAAUAUCAAACAUUCAUGACAAAUAAAUACAGACUAAACUCGCAAACUUUCUGAAGUCUGUCCUCGCCUGAAAAUUGUCUCCUCUUAUUUCAGCACUGUCUGGCUCCUUAUGCCAAUAAAGUAUUACAGGGUUGUCCCAUAGUUUAUGUGCUCUCCUCUCUUCAGCUUAGGCAUAUUUUUCUUCAGCAGUAUUUUUACAAGAAGCUUCUGCUUACUCACUGAUGAAAAUUUAUGAAUUGCAACAAUGUACUUGAACUGUAUAACCCAUUUUAAUCAGUCAGGUUUAAAACCCUUUAACUUACAGCAGCCUCUGAGAAUUUGCUAUGGCCCACCAGAGUAGCCAGGCCAUCAUUUCAGAGCCACCAAAUUUGGCUGAUCCUCUUGCCCUUUCCCCUCUACAACUCUGCAAAGAGGUGGUAUUUGCAGGAAGCCACCACAUUUGCUAUGGCAGUGUAUUUAAUAUACAGUCACAGGGCUGGGCAUGAUCUGUGUUAAUGGGAUUGUGCAAGCUACUGGGAGAGACUGACCCCUUUAUGCAUCAGUCCUAGACAUCAGCAUUAGAUCUAUGUACCUGGGAAGGCAGCAGCCUCCCAGCAGUAGACUAGCACUAACAUUACCUCCUUGGGCCCUUUGCUGUAUGUGAUUAAUUUUUCUCAUUAAGCACUGAAGCUGUUUUCUAGUCCUUAAACUACAAGUCCCAUAUUCUACCACUAUAUUUGGCAUCUCCCUGUGACCCAGCGAAGUCAGCUUUGCUCCAGGGGCAACACUGCAAAACCCAUCUUGGACCAUUUGGCUGAAAAUACUGAAAUUGCCUGCCACAUGACAACAGUCAACUUGCCAGCAUAGGUGUCUGUCUUUGCAUGGCCAGAAAAUAUUGCUAUGGGUGAGAGCCUGUAUGUCACAUUUCAUUGUCUUUAUCCCUAAGUUUACACUCUCUUAGCUUCUUGCAAGGUACUCUUUUGAAACUGUGAUAUUAAUCUAGAGCAGCAGAUCCCAGAUUGUUAUCCCUGAUCCACCUUGGUCACUGAGGCCCCAGUAAAUCAUCUGUGAAACCUCACCUGCCUUGCCAGUGUCUCCAGUUAAAACCUGUGUGUUCAGGUAAGGAGAGCCUUUGCUUCAUGUUCUUGAAUGCAUGGAGUAACCUUUCUGUGAAGGAAAAAAAGCAUCAAGCAGCUGUUUGGCAAUGUGUGUUUGAAACUUGAUCUUAUUAUUUAUAAACUAGGGUUUAACCUUUUAAAAUAUUUAUUAUUAUUAUGUCUCAGCAGUAAAAUAACAUCACAGUUCUUGCAGAUGUAUUUUUUCUUUGCAUUUAGGUUUACCUCUCACUGCUUUAAAGAAAACUUGCUUAUAUUUGCUGUUCCAAGGUGUCAUUUGUCUCACCAAAACAGCCAAACUCUGAAACAUGAACUCGAUUUUUUCCUGGUUUGUGCUUUUACUGUUAAAAAAAAAAAAAAAAAAGUAGUUAAUCAGUGGCCUAUCUUCAGAGGAAGCCUUGUAGGGACUGGCUUCAGAUAAUGGUAUCACUUACACCUGUGCAAUUGAUAAUAUCAGAACUCCUUUCAGGCAACUCUGAAUAUCAUUUGAGAUCUAUGAGUUGUGACUGGAAGCAACGCUUGGACCAUGAAACACUAUGUGUGUAAGGAGAGUGUAGGUUCAUCAUCAAAUCCCAAACUGAGAUCACAGGGACUGACAGUAAAUGGAGGAAAAAGAAAACUUUUAUUUGAAACCUCUCAGAAGUCACGAAGGAACAGGCAAAGGAACUGUCUUGCUUUGAGUAGGACUGUAAUUUAAGUCCUGAAGAGCUACAUUUGGCUCCUUUAGCAGGAUUACAAAGUACCUUAUUAGAAACACAAUGUAUUGUAAAGCAGUUUUUAGGAGCCUCUGGACGGCCAAGCCUUCAAGGGUUUGUUAUAUGGUACACCAACCAAAUGUACAAAGAAAUAAAGUAAUGAUUAUGGAGAAGGAUAUGUACUCCUAAACUCUCUGAAAACAGUUCCAAUUCCCAGUUCUGUCCUUUGCCUGUUUUAGACAGAACUUUGGCUGUUAACCACAAGAGUAAUGCACCUCAAUCAAAAUGAAACUGAUUUUUGGUAUGUGUCCUGUGUUACAUCCAUAUCAGCCCUUUAAAAAGGGCCCUUGGUGUUGGGACUGACUUCUCCUGCCCAAUGACCAGACAAACAGCAGUAGUAACUAACAACAGCAAACAAAGUUUCUAUAUUCCUGAUAAACAAGUGAAAUAUAAAUGGAGGAACUGAGCUAGACUGAUUCUGUAUACCGUCCCAGCCAGAAGCACAGAUUAGGCUGGGCAGCUAUUGCAACACUGGAUGCACAGGUAUGUUUUACUUGCAGAAACACACAAGCUUGGAACAAAAUCAUUGCUGCUGCAGGUUAUUGCAGCUGCGACAUAUUGCAGCCCACGGGACACAGACUGUGUGUUACCCUCUUGUCACUUGUAAAACUUCCUGUUGCAUUUUCUGCUGAUGACUUCUGGUUCCUACAGCUUCCUUUUUCCUUGUGGAAAUAGCAGUGCAGUGGCAACAGUGUGGUUGGAGGUUGCUGUGGGUUCCCUGGGGAAGAGCGGCUGGUAGGGAAGGGGCAGCUUGUCCCCAGUAGCUGGUCCCUAGGCCUCGCUGUGUUUCCCUACUCCAGCCUGCGGUAAUGCUGGAGCUAAAUGAGGCUGUGAAGCAUGGCAAGGAUGUCAUACAGCAGUUGUGUCUCCUGUGAUGUCACUGGGCCAAGUCAUUAAUGGAUUAGAGGAAAAUAAUCUUUAUUCUUAAUAAAAGCCUCCUUGCAUUUUAAUCUGAUUUAACUGUGUUCACAUUGAAAGACACUGGAUGUUCCCUUGCUUUGGUCCACAGCAAUAAGUCUGAGAUAAGACAGUAAGUUACAUUAAAACAGUUCCUGUUCAAAAAUUCAGUGUAUUCCCCGAGAACAAUACAACAUGUCUGCCAUGACGGAGGCAAAACAGAAAGGUUUCUAGCAGGAAAGGGUAACAGGAAAAUUAUCAACAAAGGGACAACUGAAAGAAGUGGACAUAAAGUUUGGAAACAGUAAUAUGGAAGGUCUAGUAUACCCUUCUGAAUGACAUUUCAAUCAAAGAAAUUUGGAAACAACCCUAAUUCUAACCCUCUGUUUUAUGAACAUAGAUUUUACUGCUGUGUUCUAUAGCAUUCUGAAUCAUCAGAUAUGCUGCUAUAGUUGUCAGCUUAACAGGUCUCUUCAUCCAUGCAUCCUUCUACCUGUGCCUCUCCCACAACCAACUUGCCCUUUGAACUUCAUUGCCAGCUUAACCUGGUGAAAACAGGCUUAAGUUCUUGGAGAAUUCAGAGCAGAAAUGUCUUUCUGGUGCUUUUAUAUGCUAUUUGGCAGAGAAGCCCAUUGAAGAAUUGGAGCCCUAAUAGUACUCAGAAAACAGGCAUAAAAAUCUUUCCUCUCUUCCAUAUAGUUUCAUCAGCUUUCUGCAGCUUUAGGUUUCCAUCACAGCUCACCUGCAUAGAAAACAUUCUCUGCAAAGACUGGAAGUGAAGACUUUUAUUUACAAGUAUAACAUCACAGUGCUGCUCAGAAAAGGAAAGUAAAUACACUAAAGAUCCUCUGGUCCUCCCCCCACCCCCAAACAACCCUGUGUAACUGAUGUUGAGCAGUGCUUCAAACCAGAGAGCUGCUCCAAGGAGCAGGCAGCAACAGGGUAUUACCUGGCUGGCUUAUACUGUACAAAGAAAGCUCACAGGGUUUGAUAGCACCUGAGGGGUCCAGGGGCCUCUUGAACUGUUAGAGUCUCUUCUGGGAGGGGCCAGGAAAGAAGAGCCUUGUGCUGUCAGCCAGUCUCAUCUGCAGGAACUGUCGUACCCAGGGCCACUGAGAGGCCUUUUGCCAUGCUUCAGUCUUUGCACUCUCCCUUGGUAACAACUCCUGUUAGCACCUGUUUAUAAGUUCUUUCACUGCCUGUCUGUCCCACACACUGCCAGGUGAUAACCCAAAUUUCCCAUUCACACUCAUCUCUGAUCCAAGCUUGCUUCCCCGUGAAUUGCUGUGACAAAUUUCUCCUGAUAGUCUCAGUACUGGGGAAGAUCUCCAUCACUGAUUUACUACAGAAUGAAUUCACCCUCUAGAGUUCAAGUAGGAUCAGAAGAUGCCUUUUGGACAUCAGGUUUGCCUGUUGAGGUGAGCAUCUGAAUCCAUCUCAAAGUGGAGAAUACUCCAGUUCUGCUUGAACAUGUUCUGAGUACCCCUGAAACCUCCCUCGGUGACCUGUGCUGCAUCUUAUCCAGAGAAGCAAAAGAAAGAGAACAGAAAAUACCAGGAAGACUCUGCAGGAACUGCCUGCAGAGCCAGUACUGCCCAGAGGUAAACUCUGGAGAAACAGGCACUGCCAAUCUUUGAGGUCCCAUGGCAGGAUCCACACCAACAAAGCUGACAUCCAGAGGAAGGUUCUGAAGGGUGAGGAGGUGGGAAAUGAGGCCAAAUCUUUCCAAGAUGCUUGUCAACAUGUACAGAAAGUUACUUACUGGAAUAUUCAAAAGCCGUUAGCUGUAUAGGUUCCAUAAGUGUGCUCUGAUACCUGGGCAGUACAGUAGGUACCGAACAUUUAUGGCAGUUAGAAUGACCACUGUGAAUAUGUGAAAGCAGGGUCAAAAUUCCAAAAGCCCCUGUGAAGAAACACCAAGGCGAAAUUACUUUUAUUAUUAUUAUUAUUUCUGCCAGAACAGCUCUGUAAAUUCAGCAGUAAGUUCUCAAAGGAGGAUCCAGAAAUAAAAUACACAACUCUAGUAACUGCAUGGGGUGUGAUGGGAAGAUUACCAAGUACUUAUAUAUAAUUCUAGUUACUAUACCCAAAGGAUGAUAUGGAGCAAUCAUUUGUAUUUAUGCUGCUAUUAAGGUUGCUGUCCUGCAUGGGCAGAACUGAGCAGCCAAACCAGUCCCUUUGUCCCAAUCAUGUUGAAGGGGUAGGUUUCUACAAAUGCACUUUUAUAUUUAGUUAUGCCUGCUGUAGCCUCAUCAAACGUUAGCACUCACCAUUUCAGUUACUUCCACUGACAAAGACUUUGAGCUGUUUAAUGCACCUGAUGCUGAUCAUUCCUGCCUGGAGUCAUGGUGAAAUGCAUUCACUAGUCACUGCUUUAUUAACUCCUGAGGCAUUUUACUAGAGGCAUUCAAUGGGCAGAACAUCUUUCUUUUUGAGAGUAGAAAUGAUGUGAAAUACUUAUGAGUUAUUAACUUUUUAGCUUUAAAUCCGUUUGCUUUGACUUUCUAGAGAUUUGCUUCAGGGUUGGAGAAGAAUGUUUCCAGGUGAGACUGAUUUGGUUCAGCUAGUUGAGACAGAUGCAGCUCAUUUGGGGGUGGGAGGGAGAAUGGUGAAGGGAGGAUAAAAGGCUUUGGAAGGCACUGUAGAGUCCUUUCUGUUGGGGAAAUUUUUCUAGUCUUCUGUCUUAUUAACUGCCUCUGGUUUUCUCCAUCUUAUUAUGCCAUCACCUAUUCCUCUUAAUUGUUUUCUUUCUUUUGAGUAUUCCCCAUCUGCAGAUUUGCGCCCCUGCAGCAGCCCUUUAGUUAUCCCUGGCAAAGACAGCAAAAGCUUUUUGGGGGGAACUCCUUCAGUCAGGACUCGCCGCUUGCCUCCACGCCUGGCCUGGUGCUCUAUUGACUGGGAGCAACUCUGCCUCCUGCAGCCCAUAGGCUCUGGGGGCUUUGGUUCUGUCUACAAAGCUACCUACCAUGGUACAACCGUGGCUGUAAAGCAGGUGAAGAAAAGCAGCAAAAACCGGCUGGCAUCGCGACAGAGCUUCUGGGCUGAGCUGAACGUAGCCUGGCUACAGCAUGAUAAUGUGGUACGUGUGGUGGCUGCCAGCACGUGUGCCCCAGCCAGCGAGAACAGCCUGGGCACCAUCAUUAUGGAGUAUGUGGGCAGCAUCACCCUGCACCAUGUGAUUUAUGGCACUGGUGAUAUGUGGAGACAGGGUGAGGAUGAUGAAGGAGGAUGUGGAAGGAAGGCCCUGAGCAUGGAAGAGACUGUGUGCUAUUCUUGUGACAUCGUGACUGGCUUAGCCUUUCUCCACUCACAGGACAUUGUGCACUUGGACCUGAAGCCUGCAAACAUCUUUAUCACUGAGCAGGGAGUGUGCAAGAUUGGAGACUUUGGGUGCUCCCAGAAACUGGAGGAGGGCUUGUCCCACAGCCCCCACGUUUGCCAGCAAGGGGGCACAUACACACACCGUGCCCCUGAGCUCCUCAAGGGGGAGGGGGUCACUGCCAAAGCAGACAUCUACUCGUUUGCCAUCACGCUCUGGCAAAUUGUCAUGCGGGAGCAGCCCUACCUGGGAGAGCGGCAGCACGUGCUCUAUGCUGUGGUAGCCUACAACUUACGCCCUUCACUGGCUGCUGCUGUUUUCCACGAGUCACCACUGGGCCAGAAACUCCAAAGUAUUAUUAGCUGCUGCUGGAAGGCCAAUGUAGAGGAGCGCCUGAGUGCAGCCCAGCUGCUUCCCAGCCUCAGGGCCCUCAAACAGAGUCUCUAGGAAAACUCGGGACACUUUAAAUUUAUUUUGUCAACUUUUCUUUUCCUUAACCCUUUCUGUGAACAUAAUUAAUUUAGCCCCUGUGUAUUCUAAAGGUUUUGUUGCUGGUUUGUUAUACU